AUGGCCCGCCGCAAGGUCCCCAUGAGGCUCAUCGAGAAGGCGCGGGCGCGCGCCGAGACGCACGCCAGGAGGACCAAGGGGCUGCAGAAGAAGGCGUCGGAGCUCGCCACGCUCUGCGCGGUCCCGGUCGCGCUCGUCUGCUCCGCCGGCAAGGGUGCUCCGCCGCUCGUGUGGGAGUCGGAGGAGGGAGUGCUCGAGAGGUACCGGCGCGCCGUCCCGGCCGAGACCCGCGCGCGGCACACGCACCGGAGCUACAUGGAGACGGAGCUGGGCAAGGAGAGGGCCAAGCUCGCCCGGGUGCGGCACGGCUGCCCCGGCGCGCUCGCGGACUGGGACGCCGCGCUCAACGACAUGACGCUGGAGGAGGCGCGGGGGCUGCUCGAGACCAUCGACGCGGCGCUGCGGGCCACGGGAGACAGGAUGGAGGCGCUGGGCAUACCUGCCGACGGCGGCCACGACCGGCUCGAGGGUUCUUCCCACGACGCCCUCAUGCCGCAGCAGCGCGGGUACGGUGUCGGCAACCCCGUGGACAUGGACGCCGCCGGCUUCCAGCAGCUGCAGAUGGUGCCGUUCCACGCUGGGAACAACGACGGCCUACUCGAGCAAUUCUCAUUGGACGAUCCCUUCGAGACGCAGCCAGGGUGCCGCGGCUUCCAAUGCGUCGGCGGCAACUACUCGGGCGGCGGCGACGCGAUGCUCUCGCCAGGCCUUGCCAAUGCCGACUACAACUACUCGGCCAGCGGCGACAAGAUGCUCGCGCCGGGAUUCGCCAAUGCUGACUACAACUACUCGGCCGGCGGCGACAAGAUGCUCGCGCGGGGCAUCGCCAAUGCUGACUACAACUACUCGGCUGGCGGCGACGAGAAGCUCGCACUAGGCCUUGCCAAUGCUGACUACAACUACUCGGGCGGCAACGACAAGAUGCUCGCGCAGGGCUUCGCCAAUGCUGACUACAACUACUCGGGCAGCGGCGACGAGAUGCUCGCGCCUGGCUUUGGCAAUGCUGACUACGACUGGACUGAUCUGACCAUGUGGGCCACCGACGAGUUGUGCGAUGCAAUCAUGCCACUUGGGUGCUACCCUGACUUCGCGGACAGUACUCUGCCGGCCGAGUACUCCGCUCAGGUCAUCACCGGCGGGGACUACGUGAACACACCACCAUCUGGCGGGUAUGGGUACCCCAUGGACAUGGGCGUGGGCGACAACUUCAGUAAUCUCGACAGCAACUACAUGGCGCACUGGCAGUUCCAGCGCUUCGACACAAGCAGUCUGUUGUUAGGGGAAAUGCAGUCAUAAUUUUGGAGCUAGAAUAUUCUCACGCAUUUGAAGUUAGAGUUUUGCAGAUUUAUAU